UUGGCCAGCCUACCGUAACACAACUCUUCCCCCAGUUCCUCUGUAGAGUCUCUACUUGGCAGAAUCCCUGACAUUGCUGCUCUCUGGCUGCCUGCUGUCUACAUCCAUGGCUGCUCUGGUCCUGCUGUUUCUGGCUCUCAUCUCCCUGAGUGCUGCGUCUGAGUCCGCUGAAUGCAAAGAGUUGGUCAAACCUCUGGUUCUGGACAGCCACAGUCCUAUUUAUGGGAAGUGGGUGCUGCACAUCGGUACCUGGGACAACGUUGGGCUGAAGAAUGAUUUGGUGUCAGUAAAUGGUUCCUGGGUGGAGCUGUCGGCUUCUUCGGACAGUGGAGUGAUCACUAUCUAUUGGGCUGACCGCCUAAAUGAAAAGUGUCUACAAGGGACAGCCAAUGCUACUAUCACUGGGAUGACCAGCCACUUCACCAUGAACAUCAACGGUCACACUUCAUAUCAUGAUGGGAAGUAUUAUGAGACUUGUGCUGACUGUCUCUUGUCUGAAGACACAACCCUGCUUCCUGACGGCAAAUCCAAGGGAAGAUAUUUCUUUCUCUUCACAAGGGAUGGCUCUCUGGAGCCUUCUGAAUUUGAGACUUUUAAGAAGCAGGCCAAGUGUCUCAACUUCCUGCCAGAGUACCACUUCAUGGGCAAAAAUCUGUGUCCAGAUGACAGGGAGACUGUGCCCACUGCUACUGAGGACACAAAGGAGGAUGAUACUGCUGCUCAGCCCACUGCAGUGUGAACAGCAUCCAAACACAAUGUCCAUUGAAGUGCUGAAGCAUUCAUCUCUGCGCUGAUGUAGCUUUGUUUAGAGGGAUAAACAUUUUUAAAUGGUUUUUAACUCAAAUGUUGCAGUAGCGCAAUUCACAGCCUUUCACUGAGGUAAAAUUAAAUUUGUUAAAUUCUUUCCUCCACUGCAUAAACAAAAUCACUCUC